AUGUUCUGUUUGCGUCGACGCCGUAAACGCGAUCAGGAUGAAGACAUCUUCAAUCCUGAUGCUUUCAGGCGUCAAUCUGCCAUUCUCGUGGACGACCCUCCUCCCCCUCCUCCCGUCUCUUACAACCCUCGUCCUCCGACCAUGAUCGAACGCAAACUUACAAAUGCAUCUCCCGCCCUUGCCGCACAACAGGGUUAUGGACAACCGCCCUACGGCGGCGGCGGCUAUGAUGUUUACGGUCAACACUCGUUUGGUCCCGGUGAGCUCGUACCCCAGAUACGGUCCCCUCCUCCAGCUUCGCACCAACCUUUCGGCGCUUACGGUCAAUCGCCCCUUGGCUCUCCAACAUCUGUUGCACAAUACGACUCCGCUUACAACCAGCACGGUCAAUUAAACAGGCAGCCAUCUAACCCUACCUAUCUUAACCGCCAAGACUCGAUGAUGAAUGCACCUUACGGAGUGGUCGCCGAUCCGAAUGCGCAUUAUGUGGACUUGAACCGUUCCAGCGUCACGCCUUUCCAGGCUGCACAGUAUGCUGAUAUCACACGCCGUCUGGCCAGCAACAGUCUCAAUGGUAUCUCGGAGGAAGCCGCUCGUGGAUAUGCACAUGAUCAGUCCGACAAACCUCUUCCCAGUCCGUAUGAUAGUUCUCCUUUCCACGAUUCUGCUGCAUCGCCUGCCAGUCCCCGUGCUCCAUCUCCCGUGCACAUGACCACUUCUGACCAGCACGCAUCGGCUGUUCAUGAGCCUACAGCCGCGGAGCACUCUACUUCCGAUGACACUUUCGACGAGAAGAAGCGACCUGAUACCAUGUACACUGUAUAUGAACCAGGAGAUGCAUAUGCAGGCUUUGAGUAG